AUGUUCGUUGACGAAAUUGCGACAACGACUGAAAGCGAAUAUGAUAGUGUAUUUUAUACGUUGCCGAACGAUAUCGAAAUUGCAACACCAGUUUCUUCUAAACGAGCUCAAAAUAUAAAUGACAACAAGGCAGUAGAAUUUGCUGAAAAGAUGAGGAAAUCGGCACCGAAAACAGCAAUUAGCAAAUUAUCUGCACUACAAUCGGAAAGAAAUGAGCUACAAAUGCGACGCUUAGAAUUAGAAAAGGAGAAACACAGAGACUACAUGGAAAGGGAGGAAAAACGGAUAAGUAUAGAAAAGGAAAAGUUUGUUUUGGAAAAAGAAAGACACGAGAAGAUGUUUGAGCUGGAAAAAGAAAAAUUAGCCAUAGAAAAAGAGAACAAUAAGCAUAAAUUAAAAAUUUUGACAAUGGAGCUGGAGAUGAAGGAGCGGCUAGCACGUUAUGAGUUAAGGCCUAACUAUAAUGUGCAUAAGCUAGCUUAAGCCAGCGUAAGCAACUGUCCGAAUACACACAAAUUGUAUGUUGCAACUAUAAUGUGCUUUACAUCAAGUUUCGUCAAGUUUUUUCAAACGUCAUUUGCUUAAGGAAAAUGCGAAACUGGUCGCAUCUUCCGUACGGAAUCAGCUGUUUUCGCUUUUUGUCAACAGAUACAUCAUUUUGAAUUUGAAGAUUUAGGACGACGAAUGUUUU